AUGGCUGGCGGCUCGCGAACUUUCCACCACAAGUCCCGGAAUGGCUGUAGCCGUUGCAAGAAGCGGCGUGUCAGGUGUAAUCUGCAGGCCCCGAGCUGUGCCAACUGCACGAGGCGAGGCGAGCUUUGUGACUAUCGAUUUCUCGGCAGAGACAGCCCGCAGAGGGCAUCGUCUAGUCAUGCUGCAUAUAUGAAAAGAAGCAGCCACUCCGGUAGCUCGUCAUCCCCAGAGGCGCCACUAGGGCCCGAGCUAUCUUACAUGUCUCCCGCUGCCCACUAUCAGUCAGGCGUCGAUGUUGGGUCUAUAAGAGCGGCAUCUCACCCUACCGCUGAGAGCUUGGCGUUGUGUCUACUUGAAGACGACGAGAGUCAUCUUAUCCCCGAUGAGCUUGUAGACCAAGCAGAUGCGAGUGAAUUCCUUGAGCAUAACAUGGCUGUCGUCUCAACUCUCCACGACAAGUCUACCGACUCACUACUCCGACCAGACGGCGACAAUACCAAAUCAGAUUUAGUUGCAUACCAGCAUCAAAUUGCGGCAUCGAGCAAGUUCCGCAAGUCAGUUGGCGCCAUCAGCGACCGCAACUGGUUCACCGUCCUCGUCUUUGCCAUCUCUGUCCUCAUCUUCCACUUCGACAUUCACAGAAGAGCAAAACGCGGGCUCGCUGACAAUGAAUUCUUGGAACCCAUAAUGGCUCUACGGGGAGCCGCCCUCUUGGGAAUGGAAUUGGGGCCAUAUCUCAUGAAGAGCAAACUGCUCGCUGCCGCCAGAAGGCGAAUUGAGGCCGAGAACCCGCCGUGGGACGAUCUCGCCGAGCAGGCUAUAACGAACCUCGAGCUAAUAAACGAGACUUCGUCCCCGCUCCGAAGCCGCGGGAUCUGCAAAGAUGCCCUCAACAAGUUACAAUUCUGGCUUAGACUGUUGAUGAAGUCUUCGCCGAGAAAAUGGUUCAUGGAAGGAUGGGCUGAGAAUGUUGCACGACCGGCGAUUGCGCAGAUUGGGCCAGAGUGGGACGACACUAUGGCGUGGGCAUUGUCAAGGAUACCUGGCGUCAGCAAGUAA